AUGUAUUCUGGAGAUGCAAAGAAGAGGUCAUAUGGGGUGCAAGACAAGUACAGGAUGAGUGGGGCUGCAGUGGAGCAGGCAAUACUGGUGGUGCCACAAAGGAUGGAAGAGCUUUUAGCCUCCAAUCCCAUUCUCUGGAUCCCGACCAAAGUCUGGUUGGAAUUUAUGGCUAGACGCAUCAGGGCCCUCCAGUUGGCUCAGAUCUCUCUCAAGGAACUGGAACCACCCAACCUUGGGAUUCUGACUGGCAUCAUCUGCCACAUGAUUCGGUGCACAUCCACCACUGCAAUAAUCCUUGACUUCCAUGUGAGAGAGUCCAUGGCCCUUCUGCAGGUCUCCAGGAAGUUCAGGAUCAUGACUGACCUGGAGGUGCUCAAGCUGAUGGAGGGAAAGUUGAAGAGGGGUGAUGGACGACCUGCCUGGCCAAGGAUUCCCCCUCUGGACGAAGUGGAACAAUUUCCCAUUGGCAGCAGACCGACGUGGGCCAAAUUGACAAGGACCAUCCAACUGCAGCCUUGGUUGAUCAUGCAGGACUGGAAGUGGUCGGCCCAACUGUCCAGUCUGGGGCCAGUGGUAGGGAAACUUUUUGUUCUGUUUACCUGUCAGCUUUGGAUCCAGUUGGAUGCGACUUGGCUGACAGGCUCAGAGGGAAAACCAGAGCCAACAUCUUUGGAAGAAGCCAUUCAGAGUUGGACUCUGAACCAGACCUUCAGGACAAUACGUGCCUGUGAAUUCAAGGCCUGCAAUGCAGAAAUUGCAGGGAGUGGAGGGGCUGGUCGCCGACAGUCAAGCUUUGCAGAGAGGGUCAACCUGUUUUUCCCAGGACCCACAGCAGGACAACCUUCACGGAGGUCACCAUGGAAUGUCUUCUGGACGAAGCCUGGCUAUAUUUGGGAGUAUCACCAGGUGAUGAAGAACAGGACACCCCUGGAGGAGUUUGAGGUGCUGGACCACCUUGGCAGGAUAUUUUCUGUCCUUCAGACAUUACCUGAUGCGACCAAAGGGAGUGAAAAGAGUCCUGGGAAGACAUGGCAGGUGGAGGGUGAGAAGGUGGUUCUGGUGACAAAUCCCAAGUUCUACAAGAUCGAGGGUAUCUCCACCGAGAAGGAGCAGCAACAGGCCAGGAGACGAGCAUCUCGAGUGGUAAAGCCCAGGAAUGCACUGCAGAUGGAGCUCCUGGAGCAUGCUGGAUAUGACGAACUGCUGGCUAGCAAGGCCCUCAUCUUAGAAAGGCAGAGGCUGAAAGAGGCACAGACUAAGAAGUCAUCAAAGGCAAAGAAUGCUCGAAAGGCUCCAGCAAGAAGAGGCAAGGCCACCUCAUAG